AUGUAUACGCCGGGAGCGGCGAAGCCUGAGUACGCGAGAGCUAAAAUAGCUGUGUGGUGGGACAUGAAGGACUGUCCGAUUCCAGAGGGUUAUGAUGCUCGUCUGGUCCGUCCGAGCAUAGAAGCGGCGUUCAAUGAACUAGGCUACUCUGGUCCUAUCUCCAUCACCGGCUAUGGUGACCAAAGAGAAACCCCUUGUCAGAUCCUGCGAGGGCUCUCUUCCACCGGAGUCGCUGUAGCACAAAUCAUACCCGAAAGCAGAUGCUCACUCAUGUAUUCGAGUAUGCUGGAGUGGCGAGAUCUUAAUCCUCCUCCGGCUACAAUGAUGCUCGUAUCCGAUCAGUGGCAGCAUGUCUUCGCUUGGGAUCUGUCCCGUCUACAACAACACACGAAAUACAACCUUUUUCUGGCUUAUUCAACUGAGCCUUUCGCAGGUUCGGCACUGAGACCUUGUGGAGAGUGGAUCUGGAGAAAUUUACUUGAGACCAAAAGGGAAUUUGUUCAGGACAAGUGCAGCAGCAGUUGUGAGGUAUCUCCCAUGUUUUAUUGCAAAUCUUGCUCUUACCAGGGCCAAAGCGUGGAGGGUUUCAGGAGGCAUGUCUCGAGUGGAAAGCAUGCAGUGAAAGAGGUUACAAACCGUAUACAUCCAGAACUUGACUAUUUGACGAGGACGUGGGCAAAGAACUACACUGCGAAGCCUGAGUACGCGACAGCUCCAAUAGUGGUGUGGUGGGACAUGAAGGACUGUCCGAUUCCAGAGGGUUAUGAUGCUCGUCAGGUCCGUCCGAGUUUAGAAGGGGCGUUCAAGAAACUAGGCUACUCUGGUCCUGUCUCCAUCACCGGAUGUGGCGACCACAACAAAACCCCUGAUCACAUCCUGCGAGAGCUCUCUUCCACUGGAGUCGAUCUUGCACAUUCCAUCGACGAAGUCAUAUACAGUCGCAUGUUUAUAAAUAUGAAGCAGUGGAAAGCUCGUAAUCCUCCUCCGGCUACAAUCAUGCUCAUAUCCGAUGGUGUGGUGAUGAUGUUCGAAAAUUUAAUCGCCGACUUACUACAAGAGACGAAGUACAACCUUUUUCUGGCUUAUUCGUACAGGCCUUACAAAAUGUCUGUCCUGCUCACUUCUGCAGAGUGGCUUUGGAAAAGCUUACUUGUUGCAGGUGUUUUUUUCUCCUCUCCUUAUCAUCAUCAUCCACUAAUGACUCUGUUUCUGAGCUAUAUAAUUACGCUCUCUGUUUCAGAGACAAGAAACCACGUUCUUCGCAAGUGCAGUCAAAGUCAAAGGGGUGAACCGUCUACCAAAAUGUUUUCUUGCAUGUUGUGUCUUUGUGAUUGCAAAAGCCUUGAAGAUUUGAGGACGCAUCUCUCAAGUGAAGACCAUGCAGUGUGUGUAAGCAUCCUCCUCUGUAUCAUCAUUUGA